UAACCGUCGCCCGCGUACAACGUGCCCAUGCUCGCCAGUAACGGAAAUUUCGCGCCAAAGUUUACAUUGAGUAUUGGAGAAUGAAAUUAUGUUUUGAAGUGCAUCAAGUUUGAAAGUGUUUAAACUGUCAGUUCUAGUCGAUUGGACUAACAAAAGUGCAUCAACCGGCCACUUUGGAGUGUUUACGUGUACUUUGUGUGUGCAAUGCAUAACAGUUAAGUUGGAGUUAAGCACUUAUUAAAAUUGUGCAACAUGGGCGCAUAAGAUUUGUUUGGAGUGUAUAAUAGAUAGAAAGUAUCUGGACUGCCAAGAUGGGGACCAAUCGGCUGCUUUCACCAUUUACUUUGCUGCUGAUUUGUACAGUCGGGUGCACGGUGCGAGGUGAUGACGAGCAGCAUGACGCGCGGGAAGGUGAUGACGUCACCAUGCAGUGUCGCUUCGCUCUGGAGCCGCUCGCCGGGGAGUCACUCACCUACUACUGGGUCAGGAGUACAGCCAGCGGCCACGACAAUGUUGCCAUCGGCAACAUACCGCUCGAGACCAAUUACCAAAUUUCGUACGCGCCGACGGAGGGUCGUUUUGACCUGAUGGUGGCGAACGUCUCUUACGAGAGGGACAAUGGCCGGUUCGAGUGUCGCGUGAAGGCUGGUGGGUCGGGGCGCACGCUGCACGCGCAGGGGCACGCGCUCACGGUGCUGACCAGCCCGCGUGCGCCCGUGCUCACGCCGGGCUCCCACGCGCAGUCCCAGGAGGGCAGGGAACUCAACCUCUCCUGCUCCAGCUCGGGCGGCUCACCCGAGCCUACCAUCAAGUGGUACCGCGAGGGUUCAACAUAUCCCUUGGACGCGACGAUUGUUCAUGCCAAGACACGGUCGGAGCCGACUGUCGCUACUUUAACCCUCAUGCCGACCAGGGAAGAUGAUGGAGCAGUCUUCCGAUGUGUUGUGUGGAACCGAGCCAUGUCUGAAGGCCAGCAGCUCGACGCAUCUGUUGAUCUUAGUGUCAAUUAUUUUCCUCGAGUUGAAGUUGCUCCAGAAAAUCCCUUGCGAGUUGAAAUAGACGGUGUCGCUACCAUGGAAUGUAAAGUCGACGCUAAGCCUAAAGUGACCUCCGUGAAAUGGACUAGAAACGGAAAAUAUAUCUCGAAUUCGUUCACGCAUACUAUACAAGGAGUAACGGUGCAGGAUGCAGGAAAAUACACGUGUAGUGCUGACAACGGCUUAGGCCGUCCCGGGGAGAAAGAGAUGUAUCUUGAUGUUCUCUUCCCUCCCAGUGUCACAGUGGUAUCAAAAACAUACGAGGCCGAGGAAGGUGGAAACGUCGAAAUCCGCUGUGAAGUUUCUGCGAAUCCUGAACCUACGUCUAUUGAUUGGACGAUGGAGGGGAAACCCGAUUUUCAUCAGAGUGGAAACACCCUCAGUUUGACAAGAGUGAAUGCGGACAUGGCUGGUACUUAUGUUUGUCGCGCUGUCAAUGUUAUAUCAUCCAGCAACGGCAAACGUACUGAGCGGUCCAACAGUGCGUCAGUAGCUGUGCUGGUGAGACACAAGCCUGGCCGCGCGUAUAUCAGCCCUGACCGGCCAGUGGCCCAGGAGGGCGCGGGAGUCACUCUUACCUGUAGCGCUAAGCCACCGGGCUGGCCCGCUCCGCAGUACCGCUGGUUCCGGGACAUGGACACUAGCCCAGACGUCAAGCCUGCUGUAUUAGCAACAGGCAAUCAAUACUCUAUCCCCAGUGCACACCUUGGAAGUGAAGGUGUUUACCAUUGUCAAGCUACUAACGAAUUAGGGCAUGGCGAACUUGCUUCAGUUACAUUAGAGGUUCAUCAGCCGCCUCGUUUCCAAACUAAAUUACAAACACACAUGACGAAGCGAUCGGGAGAGCAGGACUUCUCGGUCACCUGCAGUGCAUUAGGCAAACCGCGACCUAAUGUCAAGUGGUUCAAGGACAACGCUGAAAUUAAAGCCGAUACGAAUUUGUACGAAGUUAAAACUGAUAUAACUGAGAGCAGGAACGCCGUUUACACAGUUCAAAGCACUCUUAAAUUUAACGGCAAAGCGAGACCGAAUACUAAUGACUUAUUGCCCGACGAUCGGGGUAUUUAUUCCUGUGCUUUUGAAAACGAAGUAAAGAAAGUUGAGUCUACGAUGCAUCUUCGAAUAGAACACGAGCCAAUAUCAAUUCGGCAACAGAAUAAAGUCGCUUACGAUGUUAUGGAAAGUGCCGAAAUAUUGUGCAGAGUUCAAGCUUACCCGAAACCAGAAUUCCAAUGGUUCUACGGGUCCAACACAGCUCCACUGCAAAUGUCUUCUGACGGACAUUACGAAAUUAAUACUACGACAGACAACAACGACUCUUACCGCAGUGUGUUAAAAAUAAAAAUGGUGAAGCCGCAAGACUAUGGGGAUUAUUAUUGUAAAGUUAAGAACUCACUGGGGAGCAUACGUCCUCAGAUAAGGUUACAGCCCAAAGGCGCCCCGGAGUCACCUCGAGCCUUAGAGAGUCAAAAGGUGGGGCCGACGUACGUGACUUUGAAAUGGGAAGCUGGCUUUGAUGGCGGCUUGUCGAGCACGAAGUACUUCGUGCGCUACCGACGCGAGUCGCUCCGUGGCACGGGAUCCUCGGCCAGCUCCGAGCACUGCGCCUCCGACCGAACUUCUGAGUACGACUGGAUGGAGUACGACUGCGGACGUAUCAACCCCUGCAACGUCACCAGGCUCGACCAACACAACACAUACUCCUUCAAGGUGAAAGCGGUAAAUACUAAGGGACAGAGCAAUUACUCGAAUGAGAUCACAGUGACAACGAAGGUGGACAAAAUCAAUCCACCAGAGCAAGUGACCUAUGACCCCAGCACACAGGCGAUAGCAUUCACAGUGACUCCUACUUGCCUCGCGUUAGUGGGUGUCGUCGAAGGACUCGCCAAUAUGGGAGGUACCGCGGGAUGGCAGGUAGUGGAUACUGUGAACCUUCGACUGUCUGGCGCAGUAGCGACUGUGCAGGAAGCUACGGUCGAGCUGCCCAGUAAAACAACUCGCACGAGUACUCGACACGUCACUGACCCACCGCUAGACGACUUCAACCCUCGCAUACGACUCAAGCUUUGUUUACAAGUCAACCAAGACGUGUGCAGUGACUACACUGAAGCUGAAAUCGGUACGUCGUACAUCAAAGAGACAUCGGCGCGCACUACCGCCGCCAUUGUUGGAAUUUUCGUCACGACAGUUGUAGUUCUCCUGUUUGUGGGACUAUUGUUGCUGAUCUACCAGUGCAGGCGCAGGCCUAACAAGAAGGACAGAUCCAAAGACUACGAAAUGGAUUCAAUGAGACCCGCUAAAGUCACACCACAGAACCAGGCCCCGCCCCCGUACUACCCUAGCUCCGGUAUGGAGAAUAAAGCUCUAGAACAUUCGAUGGACAUGGCGCUGUCAAUGGACGACUCCAAAACUGCUGUGUACGCGACCCAAGGCGGCUACUCCUACCAUGUUCCACCACACACACAACCUCACCCUGGACAAACCAUGCCUAAUUCCGACUGGGUAAACAUGGGCUUCAUAGAAAAUAGCUACACGAACAGUAACAACGGGGGUAGCGUGAACUCGCAAGACUCGCUGUGGCAGAUGAAGAUGGCGGCGGCUAAUAAUGCGGCGACAUUACCAGCGCACCAGGUGCUCGACCGACAGAGCAACUACGACUACGACCCAAUAUCUCAUGCAGGCUACAGGAACAUCGAUGACUACGCGCAUUAUUCGCACCUACCCCACGCCAGCCAGCCUUCAGCCACCAAUGACUACGACAUGCGCGCCGCACAAAACCCCUCGCGGCAGGAGUACUGCUCCGAUCCAUACGCCUCGGUACACAAACCCAAGAAACGGAUGGAUCAACACAUCGAAUCACCGUACCAUGAGGUGAGUGGUCUGCCGGAGUACGGCAUGCGCGGUGGCGCGGAGGAGGGCGGCGCUGAGGAGAAGCCGCUGCACAUGUCGCUGGGCUACGACGAGUCGCUGGAGUCUGGCUACUCGACACCGAACUCACGCGCACGCCGCGUCAUCCGCGAGAUCAUCGUAUGAACACGGCUGUAAGAUGGCCGACGCGUGUGACGCUCGGCUGCCGACGACCGUGCUCGUGUCGCGUGGGCCCCCGAGUCCGCCCCUGACUUCCGUUUACUUGUUACCCCAUGAACUCUCAUUGCCACCAAGUUCAAGGGCAACGGCUGCGUGAAACUAAGUGAAGUUGUGAAGAUACAUCAGUGUUGCGCAGCUGUUGCACUACAACGAUAACAAGUUAAGUGUAGCUAGUGCGUGUGAACAAUACAUGUUUUGUGAUAAAGUCGAGUAAAAUAUUUUUAUACAGGGAAGGAAAAUGAACUAGAAAUAAGUCGGUGGUGACGGACUUAGAAACUUCGCGAGUGACGUGGGACUAAAAGUUGUUAACUUGUAAAACGGAAACCAAAUUGCCUAAUUAACAGGUGAUUUAAUUUGCUUUCAGUUUGAGCAGUCACUGUCAUUUUAAUUCAACAGAAAAUGAAUGAUUAAAUUCACUGAGCUUCGUUUAUAGGCAAUAUUUAGAGAAAAACAACUAAAGUUUGCCUUUUAAACCAGUUGUAAAGGAAAUAUUAUGGUUAUAUUCUAGUUUUACCUUCGCAGUAAAUCUGGAUUAACUGUUCUUGUUUCAAUAUUUUUAUAUUAUGAUUAGUUAUAACUCAAGAGGUACUCGUAAACAAUACAAAGGUAUUUAAGAUAAGGAAGUUGCCAUAAAAUCGCUUAGUUCUUAAAUUAAAAUACCUGUCUGUCGCGAUGAACUGGUACAAAAGCGAUAGAAUGUAUUAUGUAAGCUCUUGUUUCUCUUAUAAGUAAAUUUCUUUCAAAUAAAUUUCGGAACUAAGGUUUCGAUCAAUAACGAAUGAUAUGUGAUCUCCAUAGCUCAUAUUUUGUAAAUGUGGUUUAUUAUUGACUUGAUGCAAGUAUGGUGCGAGUGGUGUAAAUAAAUCAUCGAAGUGUAGAAUAGUGAUCAUUAUCGACAUUGUCAAUUGUGAUGCUAGGGUGUACGACUUAGUAUGUGUAACGCACGUUCGUAGAGUUUACGAGCACUGAAACUAAGGAGCCUUCAUUUGACAUGACAGAGGUCGUCAAACGCUUCGCACACGAUCUGCGCCUCGAAUAUUCAUUUUAAAUUUGACAAACAUUUGAUAUUUUACAUCCAGCUUUGUUUCCGAAUAAAAUUAAUAACGAGAUAAGAUAUACAAAUCCAUUAAUAUCUUCCAAGCCACAUUUUACGAGACCUCAUUUUUGGACAAGAAAUUAUGUGCAGAUUUAAAUCUCCAAGCAAUAUUCCGAGCCAAAAUAAUCUUGUCGAAGUCUCAAAUUCCUUGUUACGCGGCCUUAAGACUUGAUCUGGUAAUGGACAAAAUUUCUGUAUGAAUUGCACUGAUGGGGGAAGAUUACGCCUCCCCCUGAACAUUGUUUAGUAACGACCGUAAUUACGUUUCAUUGUAUAUUAAAAUGGUAUUUGUAGAAAAAUUAUUAACCUUCUACGUAUCUGCCUUAAUUUCGUCGAAGUGACACUCAAGUGAUUAGUAUAAUUAUCUUAAUGUUCCAGCAUUCACACGAAUUACUCGUAUUUGUAUUGAACAAUUUGAAAAUAAAAUACAUUAUUUCGCAGCGUGAUCUCACCUCGUGUCACUUGGUAAUUUCUAGUCUCAUAAACUCUAUACGUCUGACGGAAAUUGAAAUAAUCAGCAUUCAUCACAAUGAUGUGUUUAUUGAAACAUUGACAAGUUCAGACCUUUAAUAGAAUAAGAUUUAUUAUGAGGAUGUUAUUGGUUUCACAAGUAAAGUGCUAAGGUAUAUAUUGAUUAUAUUAAUUGUAAAUAUACACUCGUGUUAUGUCAAUGUUUAUAUUUGACUGUACGGAUUUUCGAAAUCUUGAUAUUAUUCUUUUCUAGUAAUAAUGAGAUUUUAGAUUUUGAUGGGAGCUCAAAAUCUAGUAAAUGUAAUGAUUUAGAAUAUUAAAGGAAAUAAAUGUAUAGGGUGUAGCCAGGGGCGUGAGUGGGGUUCAUUGAGAUAGUACUUACACCAUUGUGUAUUUUGUAAGCGUAUGGGUUGUCUAGGGCGGAGGACUAUGAAAGCCAAAUCUCCUCUUUGCUAGCCAACCCUUUUUACUCGAGGCCCGUGGCUAUAGCCUUCGACAAAAGACUGUCAUACUAGUAUCGGGGACAUGUCUGUGUAAUAUUUUACAUCGUGUGUUCGUGACCUUUAAUGUAUUACCUAUUUCCUAGUAAACAUUACAGGACAUGAAUCCAAAUUGCUGUUUAUACAAACAAUAUUUAUAGCCUUAUUAAAACAUGAUUUGUUUUGUGUUAUUCGUCUUCGAAAGUAUUGCUAUUUCAAUCUGUCUGCGACAAAAAACCUUCGUGGUGUAUUGAAUACAGUCCCUUUGUCCUUGUUUGUAACGAUAUAAUUGCUAUCACUGCCUAUAUAAUUCCCAUAGUUAGGGGAAUUAAUCGUGAGUAUGAAGAUAAAUAUUCUGUAUCAGGUAGUUGUGGUCGAAUUUAUAAAAUGCAGCUGAUUAAUUAUUUAGUAGCUUAUUAUUGCUAUGGUUUACUUUCUGGAGAGUUUUAGAGUAUUUUUUGUAAUCAGCCUAGUCGCAUCGCUAGGUAGGACAGAGUCGGCCUACGUGAGGUGCCUGCAUUUUAGCAGAAUCUGUCCCCAAACAUCAAAGCAGUUAAUGUUUUUAUUAUGUUUUGUAAAGUCGCUUUUUUAAGCUUAUUUUAAACGUCUAAUUAAUGGUCCUAGAAUUAUUUGCUAGCUAUUUGUUUAGUGCCAAUCUACUUUAUCAAUAUUAUGAAUGACUACUUAAAUAAGAAACACGAGAUUUUGAGUUUCGUUUAUUUCAAUGAUUUAUACAAUUAUGAAUUAUGUAUAUUUUUAUUAUUCAUACAAUAAUACAGUUUGCUGUUCAUUGAAUUAAAUCUUUCGUAAUUAGGUAAUAGCAUCACUCCGAGCUUGUUCUUUAGGUUAGAACUUAGACGUUAAUGUAUUUGACACAAUUUUCGACCUAAAAUACAGAUUCAUAAGAACCAUCAAUUUUGUUGUGAUCAUAAGUUCAUUUAGAUUAAAAUUACGAAAUUACCCACCUUAAUAAAAUGAAUCUUCAAUUUUUUAUUUUACAUGUUUUUUUUAAAUAGAUAAAUUAUGUUAAACUUGUACAAUUAAGAUUUAUAAUUUCAUUUUUUGUAAUAGUUAUUUUCAAAUGGUAUUAUGGCAGUUUUAUUUAUAAAUUUAUUUGUUGAUUUGUUGUUCAAAAUCGCCGUCUGUGUACGUGUUCAAUGGUUGUAGUAAACACAGGUAUUCAUUGUAUCACUGUAAAAUUUAUAAAUUGUCAAUUACUUCAAUUAGUGUAGGGACAUGUAAAAACCUCAAAUUUCAUUUAUUCAGUAAAAAAAACGGUACUUUUUUAAAUGCCGUUAUAGGAUCGGUGAAAAAAUAUUGUAAUGCGUGCAUAGAGUUGGCAGCAGCGAUCGGUUAUAAAAGGAAAUUCUAUUAAUGGUUAUAGAGGCAUGCUCUCACCGCCGCAUUCACGUUUAUGUAAAACCUAUUGAAUCUCAAUAAAUACACGCCGCGAAUAAUGGAAGUCUUUUGACAAACGUCCACGUCCGUAAUGACUGCAAUUCAUCAAAAUGAAUCGAUUUUUGAUUCGAUCAGUUUUCCGUCUCAUUUCGAUUUUUCUUUUUAUAGAUCAACAAAGGCUGCUUUUUUAUUUGUGUUGUAUAAAUUGAAUAUUAAUAUCUAUUUUUAGUCUGCC